AUGCAAGCAGCAACGUUGCUAUUCGCCCAUGGCGGCGGCUUUUGCAAGGAGAUAUGGAAUCCAAUCAUCCGUCGUUUGCAAGAAUUGCUAAUAACGCAGCAGGUGACGGCAAAGUUUGUGGUGUUCGAUUUUCCGUAUCACGGAACGAAACGAGACGAGUCCAUUGUGCCUACGGUGGAUUGGAGCAACCCUGCUAGUCCAAGAGUACACCAUCCUGCGCAAAAUCUGAUCACGUGGACGACAGCAGAAGUACAGCAACAAGUACGUUUGCUAAAUGACAAAUACGAUUAUGAUAGCAAGAGACCUGCGCUCAUUGGCAUUGGCCACUCGAUGGGAGCUGGGGCACUUUGGAACACUGAAGUUCAAUGCCCUGGCACCUUUGACGGUCUGAUUCUUUUUGAGCCUGUGUAUGGAGAGGAGGAUCCAGCAGUUGUGGACAAAGUCGCUAGCUUUUUAGUCGACGCCACACUAAAGCGGAAGACGUCAUGGUUAUCAAGACAGGAAGCGGUGCAGUACUUUGAUACCCUUAAGGCUUUUAAGUCCUGGGACCGCGAGUCACUGAAGGCGUAUUUGCAAGGAGCUUUAGUCGAAGAUAAAGCUUCGGGAAAGACGGUGCUCGCGUGUCAUCCGCAUAUUGAAGCUUCACUGUAUUGCCACGAAAUUCUUCGUCUUAAUGAUCUUGAGCUGAAAAGACCGAAGUGCACUAUUCACUUUCACUACGGCGAGCGCUCGAACAUGUUUUUCACGCCAUAUUAUGAACAUGUGGUGAACUUGCAACCCCAAAUCUAUUCGAUGGACGAGUCAAUGAAGCAGUGUACGCACUUAUUAGUGCUAGAAGACCCUAAAGCCGCCACCGAUAAGAUAAUAAGCGACUUAGCACAAAUUGCUCCAUUCUGCGCGAAGAAGUCAAGCCGCAUGUAA